UCCUGUUCUUCCACGGCCUGGUCCUCCUUUGUCUCUCUUUGUCCAAGAGAGCAGCAGUGAGCUCCCCCCGCCACACCUCCAAGUUCGGGUGAAGUACCGAGGAAAACCUUCAGAUUUCAGCGGAAGAUCUCGAAACCCUACCGCUCCGGCGUCUCAGCUAGCCAUCGAUUCAUAAAUGCACGGUUUUUGUCAACAAAUCUAGAAGAUUUUAGUGUUAUCAUUGUAUACCCAAAUUUUCCCUACUGAUCUCAGCACUCGAAGCAACUCAGCAUUCCAGCAACUCAGCUGAUCUGAUCCAUACGAGUUCACCAUAAGAUAAGUGACAAGAAUUGCAUAUGCUACAUCAAUCGACUGAGAGUCUUUUGCUAUGCAGGUUGUCUUGAACUACAAAUGGCCAUCACAGGAACUGAGAAUCCAUUAUUAGGUGAAACCACAUGCGGGUCUUUGCUGCAGCAGUUGCAGCUAAUAUGGAAUGAGGUUGGUGAGAGCGAUGAGGAACGCGACAAAAUACUGCUUCAGGUAGAACAGGAGUGCUUGGAUGUUUACAAAAGAAAAGUUGAUCAGGCAUCCAAAUCAAGAGCGCUCCUUCUCCAGGCCUUGGCUGAUUCCAGAUUGGAGCUUGCCAGACUUCUUUCUGCACUUGGAGAAAAGUCUUUUGUUGGCAUACCUGAUAAAUCAUCUGGCACAAUCAAGGAGCAACUAGCAGCUAUAGGACCAGCACUGGAACAAUUAUGCAGGCAGAAAAAGGAGAGAAUAAAAGAGUCUGCUGACGUACUUUCACAAAUUCAGAAAAUACGAGGAGAAAUUUCUGGAACUCUAAAAAUUAGUGAGAAGAUGGGGACAUCAGCAGUUAAUGAGGAAGAUUUGUCACUGAAUAAGUUGGAUGAGUACCGCUCUCAACUCCAAGAACUCCAGAAAGAAAAGAGUGAGAGGCUGCACAAGGUUCUUGACUUUGUUAGUACAGUGCAUGAUCUUUGUGCUGUCCUGGGAAUGGAUUUCUUCAGUUCUAUAACUGAAGUUCAUCCUAGCUUAAAUGAUUCUGUUGGCGUGCAGUCCAAGAGCAUUAGCAAUGAUACCUUAUUGAAGCUUUCUAAAAUGGUCAUAGAACUUAAAGAAGAUAAAAGAAUGAGGCUACAGAAGCUACAAGAGCUAGCAGCUCAGUUAACUGAUCUUUGGAAUCUAAUGGAUACUCCUAUGGAGGAGCGGAGUUUGUUCAAUCAUGUUACCUGUUAUAUCUCUGCAACAGUAGAUGAGGUCACAGUUCCUGGAGCCCUUGCCCUUGAUCUUAUUGAGCAGGCUGAAGUUGAAGUUGAAAGGUUAGAUCAGCUAAAGGCCAGCAAGAUGAAGGAAAUAGCUCUGAAGAGACAAACUGAGCUCGAAGACGUAUAUGCUCGUGCUCACAUUGAGACAGAUUCUGCAGCUGCUCGAGAGAGAAUAAUAUCUCUAAUUGACUCUGGGAAUCUUGAACCUUCAGAAUUACUAACAGACAUGGAUAAUCGGAUAUUAAAAGCCAAAGAAGAGGCCCUAAGCAGAAAAGAAAUUUUGGAAAGGGUUGAGAAAUGGAUGUCAGCAUGUGAAGAAGAGAGCUGGCUUGAGGACUAUAAUCGGGAUGAAAACAGAUAUAAUGCAAGUAGAGGUGCACACUUGAACCUCAAGCGUGCAGAGAAAGCUCGUAUAUUGGUAAAUAAAAUUCCAGCUCUUGUUGAUGCACUGGUGGCCAAGACUCGAGCAUGGGAGGAGGGCCGUGGCAUGUCAUUCAUGUAUGAUGGUGUUUCUCUUCUUGCAAUGCUGGAUGAAUAUACUAUGCUAAGGCAGGAGAGAGAGGAAGAGAAACGAAGACUAAGGGGCCAGAAGCGGUUCCAGGAGCAGCUGAACACAGAACAAGAAGCUUUGUUCGGCUCGAGGCCAAGCCCAGCCAGACCACUCGGCCCCAAAAAAGUGAUGGGACCCCGAGCCAAUGGAGGAGCAUCAAAUGGAACCCCCAGCCGAAGGCUUUCUCUCAAUACCCAUCAUGGUAGCAGCAAUGGUGUUAGAUCUGUGAGCAGGGAUGGGAAGAGAGAAGUUAGUCGUCCUGCAGCUCCAGUAAACUAUGUGGCCAUUGCAAAAGAGGAUGCAGUCUGUCAUGUGUCCGGCAGCGACCCAGCUCCUGCUUCGCCAUGAGAUCAAUGUGGAAUAUAUGGGUAGGCUAUUUCUUGUAUUUUUAUUGGUGCCUUUUCUGUCUUAAGCUCAUGUGAUUUGUAGCGGGAAGUAGCUACAUACCAGUCUAGGUUGUUGACUUGUCCGAGGAAGUUCUGUUCUUGAUAAAUUAAUCUUAUAUGGAGAAGCGUUAAUGUGAUAAAUACUGGUCUUGCAAUGUAGUACCAGUGAUACAUGAUUUGAAUUUAUCUUUUAUAAUGGUGUUUUAGGUUGUGUAUAUUUGUGAAGGCAAAAGACAGGCAUUCAUUUAGACAUGAAUAAUCUUAAACAAAUAGCUUGUUA